AUGAAUCUGAAGAUAAUACCUUUUCUUCUGACGUGGCAGUUCAUACUCAUCACCGCGAGACGAGAUUCUUUUGAAGACGACGACGCGAUAAGAGCUAAAGAGCUGAGGAACAAGGAGAACAAUAGAAACAGAACUACCUUUAAUGGUACAUUGACGGAUUUGCCAGAGAGGAGAAACUUAAGGCAUAGAAACAGCUCUAGAUACCGCGGCGACAGGCGCAGAUUCUGGGAGCGAGAGCAUGAAGUCAGACGUGACAGAAGAAAGGGAUCAGACCCACAUACGUACGAGGAUCAUGUAAUAUCCAAUCGCACGGAACCCUUCAGCUUAAGAAACGAUGAGAAGCCACGCAGGACGGAGAAACACUGGAACAAAAGCAACGUGGAGAGGAACUCUUCGGAAAGAAGAAAAAUCACCAACCAAAGUAAGGCGCCGGAAAGAUCACAUCCCAUACCAGUGAGGGAGAACACAACGCGGAUGAAGGCGAAACUGGCGAACAAAUGGCAAAACAACGGGUAUAUUCCGUAUCCACAGCCGAGGGAGAAGAAACCAAACAUAAUUUUGAUAUUGACCGAUGAUCAGGACGUGGAACUUGGCAGCCUGAACUUUAUGCCGCGGACAAUGAAGGCUAUUAGAAGUGCUGGUGCCGAGUUCCGACAUGCUUACACUACAACGCCAAUGUGCUGCCCGUCCAGGAGCUCCCUGCUGACAGGUGUCUACGUGCACAAUCACAAUGUGUUCACGAAUAACGACAACUGUUCGUCUCCGAUGUGGCAGGCGACACACGAGACCAACACCUUUGCUACGUACCUGUCCAACGCCGGCUACCGUACUGGGACGACGCUCGUAAGUCAAUACCGGGGCGUCACCGCCGACGGAGCUAGAUUGCGAACGGCGUUCCUAAUUCCUUCUAAAUAUCGCUACUGUGCGGCGUGGGCGCACGUGGGCCGACGGAUGAGGGCGAUUUCGUCGUGUAGCCCGCGCGCAUACGUCAAAUGUAGAUGGAGGCGUCCUUGCUGGUAUUUGGGGACAGCGAUCGGGCUGAGACGCAGCGGCGAACGCAGUGAUUUGUCCGGUCGAGCGGUCGACAAAUGGUCAAUGAGCGCAGAUUGCUCCUGUAGAUCUUAUCCGCGC